UCGCGGCAGUCGGGCCGCGGCACCCGGCUGCUGGGCUCGCCGUGCCGGCGGGACUGCCCCGCUCACGCCAGGCCGGUGUUUCGGGGCCCAGGCGGGGGGGGGCAGUCGGCCGGCCCCCGCCCCCUCACCUGCUGCCCGGGGCGGGCGGAGGCUUCGCCGCCUGGUGGGGCUCGGAGCGGCGCUGCCCGCGGAAACUUGUGCGGCAGGAAGGGAGCGGAGGGCGGGAGCGGAGCCGCCAGAGCAGCGACUCCUCCUCCUCCUCGGCCCGGCGGCGCUGGGAGAGGAGCGGCAGCGGCGGGGCCCCAUGUGGCGGCCGGGACGGCGCUCUCCGCCGCCCGGCCCUAGCAGUACCAGCAGCCGCUGCCGUCGCCGAUGACCUGGACCAGCAGCAUGAGCAGCGGCUACAGCAGCCUGGAGGAGGAGGAGUCCGAGGAGUUCUUUUUCACUGCCCGCACCUCCUUUUUCAGGAGGCCGCCGGGCAAGACCCGGGCCGCCCCACAAGAUGUUCAGAAGGAGAGAGAACCUCAUCUUUAUCUCAGUAAAGAAGAAGUUAAAGAGAAGAUACAAAGCUAUAAUUCAUCUGUAACUGACAAAUUAAAAAUGACCUUGAACGCAAAUGGGAUUUACACUGGCUUCAUCAAAGUUCAGAUGGAACUAUGCAGACCGAUCACUGUGCAGUCUUCCCAGAGCCAGGGGAGGUGUGCUCACAGCAAUAAUGAAACUGCUUUUUACUUGCCAGAUGGCUGUGUGAAUACGCUUCACAUCAGCAGCACCAAUACUGUUCGUGAAGUUAUUGAGGCCUUGCUCAAAAAGUUUUUUGUGGCUGACAACCCUGCGAAGUUUGCACUUUAUAAACGCUGUCACAAGGAAGACCAAGUUUAUACAUGCAAGCUGUCAGAGCGAGAACAUCCCCUCUACCUGCGUUUGGUGGCAGGCCCCAGAACAGAAAUGCUCAGCUUUGUUCUACGUGAGCAUGAAACUGGAGAAGUUAUGUGGGAAGCUUUUAGUAUUCCUGAACUGCAAAACUUCUUACGUAUACUGGACAAAGAGGAAAAUGAGCAACUGCAAAUCUUAAAGAAGCGUUACGCAGCUUACAGAGACAAACUUGAAGAAGCCCUUGGUGGGGUGUGGAAACCUGGUUAAAAGGGGGCCAAAGGACACUCAGGAAAAACGCACGCUACCAAAUGUCAGUAUAGCAUGCCAAACCCAAUGUACAAAGAGCAGCAGAGAGUAGUUUUCUUUAUUCAGAAGACUGUUUUUUGAUGCCAGGGUACCUGAAUUUUGCUAUAGACUUAGUUCCGUAAGCCAGGUCACUUAGCAUCUUGCACCCACAAGUAAGGGAUUCUGCAUGUUUGUACAUCAGUCUGCAACCCUCUGUGUGCCUAGAGUUUUCCAAGUUACCUUGAUGCAAGCUGUGAAACUGUAAUCAAUUUUCUAGGAUGCUAUGAAAUAAGAUUUUAUUUUUUUUCUUUGCUUUAAUGGUAGCUUUACAAGUAAGGAUGUGCAAAUUGAUGAGUUAAAAAAAAAUGAAUUGAACUGUCUGGACAACAAUUAGUUGGAGCACUAUCUUUGAGAUGAAAUUGAUUUGCACUACCUUUCUGUUUUCAAAUAGUUACUGUAUAAUUUGUGAGAGAACUGUUAUAGAUGGAAGGCAUAUGAGAUCAUCUGGUUUGUUCUGUGAGAUUUGUGGAAGGCUUUAAAUUAGUCUUUCUUGAGAGGGUUAAGAGAAAGUUGAAAAGAAGGUAAGAGUUGAGGAAGGAAACUAACAGCUGACAGAAGAGGACUGGUUUUAAAUUGAAAUAGUAUUUAUACAGAGGAAAGUUUGAAAUACUAAUUCUACAAGAUUAAAGUUUUAGGAUGUUAUAAUAUUGUGAAUAAGUUUUAUGGUUUUUUUAACUGCAUAAAUCCACACUGGAAAAGAAAUAAA